CUGCUGAUAAACUCUCACAAAAGGAGACACUAUUCAAAGGAUAUUUAUCUCUUUCUUUGGGCUUACAAUGUGCAGAGGACUAGCAGCACUACCAAACACUUGCCUGGAAAGGGCUAAAGGAUUAAAAGCACGCAUGAGCAGCUUUCUGGACUGGAGGCUGCUGUGCUAUGCCUACAAAUUGAGAAAACCAAGGCUGACCUUGGAGGAAUGCUUGAGAUGGAAAGAGUCUUUUGACAAGCUACUGUCCAGCAAACAUGGACUAUACGCCUUUAGAGCUUUUCUGGUGUCUGAAUUCAGUGAGGAGAACAUUGCCUUCUACCUGGCCUGCGAGGACUACAGAAACACAACAUCUGCAGCCAAGCUCUGCUCCAAAGCCCAGAGGAUUUACAAUGAGUUUAUCGGAAGUGAAGCACCACGAGAGGUUAACAUCGACCAUGAGACUCGUGACAUUACCCAAGCCAAUGUGAAGAGCCCAACUCCAACCUGCUUCGAUUUAGCACAGUACCGGAUCUACAUCCUGAUGGAGAAAGACUGCUACCCGCGUUUCCUGCGGUCAUCCGCCUACAGAGAUUUAGUCAGCCAUUUGACCAAGAAGAACACGAAGGCUGCCACAAAAAAAGCCUGAAAGACCUGAUCCACCAGGAGCCUAAAAGAAGAAGAAGAGAAAGAGAAAGAGGUAACGUCAUGAAUGAGGUGUCCGUCUGAUGAAGAAAAGGGCCAGACAGAGAGUUGUGGUGGUCAUUACAGAUCCUGAACUGAGAGACAGGCCUGUAGUGAAUAAAGACCACGACGGCAGCUCAAGGUUAUAAAGAGCAGCAGGAUGGAGUGGAAGAAGACUACCAUUCUACCACAAUUGUGUAAA